AUGAGCCACAAGGUCGCCCAGAGGCAGCUGUGGGACAAAUCUCAGCGUUUCAAGAAAGCCUACGCCAAGUACCGCUCCUUGCAUGACGACCUGGCGGGCCAGGUCAAUCCCCGUGCGGACAUGAUUACGAAGUUGGAAGACUGGCACCAGAAGCUGACUCAGAUGAAGAAAGAGAUCUGGGAGGAUGAUCGAAAGCUCCGUCGUGACGGUUCUUAUUCCUGA